CAUACAUUCCUUGAUGUUGUUCUCCAUCGUCGGUGGGUGACAAAGACCCCUAGAGCUGGGGUUUCGGAGACGCCUCUACGCGAGACUUGACAUGAACAGCUCGCCUGCUGCACCAUCUAUCUUGCAGAUGAAAAGCGGGAUGAUAUUAGAUGACCAGACGACUACCUUUGGAGCUCCUGCAGGAAUGAGCAGCAGUACUCCUCGAGCUGUACGUGGAGUGGGAGGAAGCAAUGUGGGAGAGAGGAGCAAGCUAAGCUAUGUGACGUGCCAUAUGUGCGAGACGCCGUACGUUGAAGGCAAACUCUUCUGGAUCAUGUCGCUUUGCAAGCAUGUCUUGUGUAGUGAUGAGAAGCACGGUCACCAGGCUGGAGUCUGCACCUACUGCAAGACCAAAGGGGUGGAAGCAUACCCGCUCAAAAGCAUGUCAGAGAACCUACAGGCAUACUUCAAUCCCGAUAGCUUUAGUCGGAUCAUCGAGGACGCAGCGGAGAAAAGCAAAUAUGAAGUAGAGACGCUGAAGAGGUACAUCUCACAUCUAGAGACGGAGAUUCACCGGAAACGGAAUGACAUUGCUGAGAUCGGUCAACAUAUCCGAGGAUUCGAAAAGGUUGAAAAAAGGGCUGGAGAACUAGAGAGACAGGUCCAAUUGCUGCAACAGUGAGUGUCGGCUCGUGGCAUAUGACUGAGAAGCGCCUAGAGAGAAUGCAGAACUCAAACGCAAGAACCUCUUCCCUGACAAUCGGGAGCCUACUCUUGCUCCAUCUUUUCAGUUCGGGGAUAUGCCUCAGAGACCACGGACGGACACUGGAUACAGC